UCUCGCUCAGAGCUCGCAGCCCGCUGCCUGGCCCGCUUUCGCUCGGUUCAGCGGCUACGGGGCACUCGAAGACAAGGCAAAUGCCCUCCCUCCACCUCCUGCCGCUCCUUCUCGCCCUCACCAUCCGCCCACCAUCGAGCCCCGUCCACGUGUACCCGGCCCGUGUGCUCGAGUCCUACCCGCACGACGCGGACGCCUUCACGCAGGGCCUGCACCUCGAGGAGGACGGCACGCUCAUCGAGAGCACCGGCCUGUACGGCGAGUCGACCGUGCGGCGGGUGGACGUCGAGAGCGGUCGGCUGCUCCACUGCGAGCGCCUGCCCGGCGCCUGGUUCGGCGAGGGCGUCACCGUGCAGGCCGGCCGCUGCAUCCAGCUGCUGUGGCGCGAGGGCCUGCUGCUCGUACGCGACGCGCGGACGCUGAAGCUACGCGACACGGUGGCGCUCCCGUCGGGCAUCUCUGAAGGGUGGGGCAUCACGGGCGACGGCGCGGGCAGCCUCUUCGUCUCGGACGGCUCGGACAUCUUGCACGAGCUCGACGCGCACUCGUUUCGCGUCAAGCGGCGCAUCGCGGUGCACGCGGCGGGGCGGCCGCUGCCCAACCUGAACGAGCUGCAGUGGGUGCGGGGCGAGGUCUGGGCCAACUUGUGGCACGAGGAUCGGCUCGCCGUCAUCGAGCCGCGCAGCGGCGCCGUGCGCUGCUUUGUCGACCUGCGCGGGCUGCUGACGGCCGAGGAGCGGCGCAGCCUCGGCCGGACGCCCGCGCUGCAGCAGGAGGCGGUGCUCAACGGGCUGGCGUACGACGAGCCGACCGGCCGGCUGCUGGUGACGGGCAAGCUGUGGCCGCGCCUCUUUGCCAUCGCGACCGAGGCGCUGCAAAAAGUCGAGCAAAAACCGUAGUUGUCUCGCCUCUGCGUGUUUCGUAGCGUGUUUGCUGCUGUUUUACGUGAACAACGCACAGCGGCGACC